UCCAUAUAAGACUUAUCUCAUUAGUUAUUAUCUAAGCAAAACCAGUUGCCCAUCCAGUGGCUCAUCGAACUCGGCACUUUCUUUGGGUGCGUGUGAGAACAGGUUUCGGUCCAACUGAAACCCCUGACUUCUUAUAGCAUUAUGUAAUGUUCUGCGGGGUCAAAUGCCGAGAUCAGUUGGAAUCGAAGAGCUCUGGAGAGCGGAUCUCAUACAAAAUGAUGUUCCCGGUGUUUUCCGUGCUUCUGUUGGUGAUAAACCAACUAUUUUGCUUCGUUUCUGGAGCCGAAUUCUUCUCCUCCAUACAUGAGAUGACAAAAGUUUUUGGCUAUGAACAGAAAUUGCUUUUGCAUAUGCAAAAGUUCUUGGGCGACAAUCAGGAAAAAUUGGAUUUCCUGAAAGCGAGACUGCGGGAGUUCGAGAAUGAACGAAAUGAGGCCCGUGAAUGGGGUCCAGCGUAUUUUGAUAGUCCUAUUAACAAAUAUUUGCUUAAUAAAAGACUGACAGUAGACUGGCAACGAGUGGAGAACCUCAUGGAUGCUUCAACAGGCGAAAAAUCUCUGAAACGCCUGAGGAAGCUUCGAAAUCUAAAGAUAAUGCCCAAUAAAAAGGAACUAGAGGGAGCCAUAGAUGGGGUACUUCGAUUGCAGUAUGUAUACAGACUGGAGGCCAAGGAUCUUGCCAGGGGAAUCUUGGAUGGAGUAAACUACGGCAACCAACUGAAUUCGGAGCUGUGUGUGGAUAUAGCUAGGUUAGCUCUGAGAGAUCAGCACCCACGAUUGGCUCAUUCCUGGCUAAUUGAAGCUAAUGGUCGUUUGACAGGAGGAGAAAAAGAAAAAGAACUGAGACCACAGAUAUUAGCACUUCUAGUACAAGCCAAGGCGGAACUGGAGGACUUUCGGGGACUAAAUGAUACUUACCAGGAGCUAUUAAAGAUUCAACCAGCUAGUGAACAGCAUGCCAAGAAUUACGAAAGCUUUUUGGAGUCUCUGGGAGAAAAGGCUUUAUUAAAUGAUUCGAAACCAAUACUGGAACAUGCUCCUAUUCCUGAGGAGGGAGAGACUGUGGGUGAGUUUCAGGGCUACAGCCUCACCUGCAGUGGUCACUGGCAACUCACUCCGAAGGAGCAACGUAAUCUUCGCUGUGGUUACGUGACGGAAACUCAUCCUUUUCUGUGGAUAGCUCCUCUCAAAGCGGAGGAGCUUUUUCAUGAUCCACUACUCGUGCUCUACCACGACGUGAUAUACCAGAGUGAAAUCGAUGUCAUACGGAAACUAACCAAUAACAGACUAAGUCGCGCUAGGGUUACGAGUCAUAAUGAGUCGGUGGUUUCCAAUGUUCGCACCAGCCAGUUCACUUUUAUACCAGUGACAGAACAUAAGGUGCUGGCCACCAUCGACCAAAGAGUAGCAGAUAUGACCAACAUGAACAUGAAAUACGCGGAGGACCACCAGUUUGCCAACUACGGAAUCGGUGGACAUUACGGACAACACAUGGACUGGUUCAGCCAGACAUCCGUUGAUGCCGGCUUGGUCUCCUCUCCCGAAAUGGGAAACCGCAUUGCCACAGUUCUUUUUUAUCUCUCUGAUGUGGCUCAAGGGGGAGGCACCGCCUUUCCACAGUUGAGACAACAUUUAAAGCCGAAAAAAUAUGCAGCUGCCUUUUGGCACAAUUUGCAUGCUUCUGGUGUGGGUGAUGUUCGUACUCAACACGGCGCCUGUCCCAUCAUCGCUGGUUCCAAAUGGGUGCAAAAUCGCUGGAUCCGAGAGAUUGAUCAAUCAGAUCGUCGACCUUGCGAACUUUGGGAUGAUUCUUUGGCCACCUACGCCCAACUUUUGGAGGCUAAGUAAAAAAAUCAGAAUGAGGCGGUUUUAUAAAUAAGUUUAGAAAAAUUAGCAUUUAAAAUAAGCCUUCAAGUCAAGCUUUCUGUGAACAGAGCUCUAUUUUUAGAUAAAAAGAUUUACAUAAAAU